GCAGUCUGGGGUGAGUCUCUGCUAGAGCCAGCGUUCACCUGCGGAGCAGCAUCAGCGUUACAACAUGGCAGCCCAGUCCAUGAUCUGUGCAUUGUUCCUCUUACUCACCUUCCCUGGGACUUAUAUUGGAGCAGGUGCUGACAGCCCACCGAUAAUCGAGCCGUAUGCCCGGCCAGUUCCUAAUGUUGCGCUUCGUGGGAUACCUACUCAGUCCAGCACCAACUCUUAUUAUGGGAGCGCUCGAAAUGCCAACGAUGGGUCUUUAGCCAACAACUAUAUGAGGUCCCAGUGCUCUUACACAAAGAAGGACCAAGACCCUUGGUGGAUGGUGGAUCUGAAAGGCCCUCAUAAAAUCUUCUCGGUGGCCGUCACUAACCGAGUCUUGGAAUGUUGCAGAGAGCGGAUAUUUGGUGCUGAGAUCCGAAUAGGAAAUGACCCGAGUAAAGGAGGGACAUUAAAUCCUAGGUGUGGCGUCAUCACGUCCAUCGAGUCUGGAGAAACUCUCUCAUUCUCCUGCAAUGAGAUGAUUGGACAGUAUGUGACAGUCACCAUUCCUGGACGGGAAGAGCAUCUGGUCAUGUGCGAGGUCCAGGUCUACGGCGUUCCCGCCAGCGGUUCAGAAGAGGUGAAAGAACCAAAAGACCUGAAGACACCACAUGGAGCUCCAAACGUGGCUCUCAAAGGCAUCGCGCAACAAUCCAGUCUGUUUAACAUGUAUGGAGAGCCCAAAAAUGCCAUCGACGGAUCUCUAGAAAGCAACUACCUUUAUAUCCAAUGUUCCGGGACCAACGAGGAAGAUAACCCGUGGUGGAUGGUUGACCUCAAGUCAGAGUUUGCAAUAUUCACUGUUACUGUCACAAACAGAGGAGAAUGCUGUGCCGAAAAGAUUAAUGGGGCCCAGAUACGGAUUGGGAACUCGGAUGUAAAUGGGGGCACCACCAAUCCCAUAUGUGGAAUCAUUACAACUAUGAAUAAUGGGCAGACCAUUGCGUUUCAGUGCAAUGGCAUGAAGGGGCAAUAUGUGACAGUUUACCUUCCUGGAACAAAACUAUCUCUGACCAUCUGUGAGGUCCAAGUUUUUGGCCUACCAAGUGAAGUCCCUGGUGAAGUGACUCCCACCGAAAAGCCUAGCAUAUUCGGGAUCCCUAUUCCAAGAAACUGGACAAGUUUCUUUGAAUCACUAUUGGAGGAAAUUGAUGAUGAAUUUAUAGGUAAACAGACUGUAGAACAUGAAGGAGACAAUCUGGCUUUCCGAGGCAUCACUUCCCAGUCCAGCACCUACGAUAAAUUUGGAGCCUCUGAAAAUGCCAUCGAUGGCUCGUCCAACACCAAAUAUAUGGCCGGGCAUUGCUCUCACACCGACCUGGACAUAGAGCCCUGGUGGAGGGUGGACCUGACCAAAGUCUACAAUGUCACCAAAGUCAUGAUCACAAAUAGGGGUGACUGCUGCAAGGAGAGACUCAAUGGGGCGGAGAUAAGAAUCGGGAUGUCAGCGGAAAAAGGAGGUAGCCGGAAUCCGAGGUGCGCUAAAAUUACCCCACAGGGUCUUGGAGAAGAAGAGGAAUAUAACUGUGGCUUAAUUGGACAAUAUGUCACCGUCACCAUACCGGGGGCAGCCGCAUAUCUGACUCUAUGCGAGGUGAAAGUUUACGGUGUUGACGUGCCAGACAACUACACGGUCAUCCCUAUUAAGCCCGACUCUGAUGAGAGCAGAGAACAUGAGCAUGCAGCUGAGCUGAGAAAUAUCCUGAAGCAUUCCAAUGCUGCACCUAAUGUAGCCCCGACCGGGACCACCACUCAGUCCAGCACCAAUGGAAGUGCGUGCAGCAGAGCGUCUGAUGGGGCUUUGUCCACGUGUUCCGAGACUGAUGUGGAGCACAACCCAUGGUGGACCUUAGACCUGAAGUCAGACCACAAGGUGUUUUCCAUCGCUGUGACCAAUAGAGGUGAUAAAACUGCAGAAGACCUUGAUGGAGCCGAGAUUCACGUGGGAAGUUCUGCUAGCGGAUGGAAGAAAAACCCAAUAUGCGGCACCGUAUCCUCCAUCGGACCGGGAGAAACCUUCUUGUUUAACUGUGAAGGAAUGAGGGGGCGAUUUGUGACCAUUGUUAUCCCAGACAAGGAGAAGUCUCUCAGCCUCUGCGAAGUCCAAGUGUUCGCGCUUUCCGUGGACACACCGAGUGAGGACUUGAAUGAAGACGUUGAGCUCCAUAAGACACACCAUGGAGUAAAAAACGUGGCUGCGCAAGGCAUUGCGUCCGAGUCUUCCUAUUACGGAAUGAAAGAUAACGCCAGAAGGGCCGUUGAUGGCUCUCUGUCCAGCAAUUACUUGAUGAGAGACUGCACACACACGCGAAGUCAGCCGAAUCCCUGGUGGAAACUGGACCUGAGAUCCAGAUUCAGGGUGAUGUACGUUGCCAUCACGAACCGGGGAGACUGCUGCCGGGAGAGAAUCAAUGGCGCUGAGAUUCGUAUCGGAGACUCAGAUGAGGACGGUGGAAUCAGUAACCCCAGGUGCGCAGUUGUAUUCCGAAUGAAUUAUGGGGAGACAAUGGCCUUUAACUGCAAAGGAAUGGAGGGACGAUACGUGACCAUAACUAUACCCAACGAAAACCAGAUCCUGACGCUCUGUGAAGUCCAAGUAUUUGCUGAACCUCUUGAGAAACAUGAAGUUAUUCCAGGACAAGUCCACAUCCCGGAGACCGAUGAGCAUGACACAUCGGAGAAACCGAAUUUGCCCGUCAACUUGGAAGGAAGAUAUUUCAGUUUCCCGGAAGCAACUGAUAACAGCUAUGUGUACCUGUCUCCAGCUCAGCCCAUGAGUCUGACGGCCCUCACGCUCUGCAUGAAAGUGGCGUUAGAUGUUCCCGAAAACAGAGAAACCAUCUUGUUCUCCUACCGUACUUUGUACUUCGAUGAGUUGAAUCUCUGGCUGGAAUCCAAUGGGAAAAUUGGUCUCUACAUGAGCGGGGAAUCGGUAAUGUUCCCGAAACUCAGUAGAGGCAAGGAGUGGAACCAUCUUUGCGUGACCUGGGAAUCCAGCCGCGGUCGCUGCGAGCUGUGGAUGAAUGGUAGAAGAUCUGGGGUUAAGGUUUUCCAGAGGGGGCACACCUUGCGGGCAGGGGGCAUCGUGAUGCUGGGACAAGAUCAAGACGGACUGGGGGAUGGCCUUGACGCAGAACAGAGCUUUGUGGGGAAAAUUAAAAACGUCAACAUGUGGGACAAGGUACUGUCGCUGAAAUCUCUCCGAGCGGUGUUCAAGCACCUGACGGUAGAAAAGGGAGAUGUUUUUGAUUGGAGCGGCCUGACUUACUCAAUAAGGGGAAACGUUGAGGUUAGUGAUGAAUAAAACGGUACGCUGCCGGAUUGGUGACUACAUCCCAAUAAAACAUGAGAUUUGUUUCUUUCCCAGAAGUUCACAUAAGCUGCGUGUGUCAGCCAUUAAAAAAAAAAAAAAGUUUAA